CUGACGUCAAGUGACUGAACUGUUGUUUUCCUCAGAAAGACUCUUGGCUAGGAUUUCGAAUUGUCUUUAUAUUUACUUGGUAAAAGGUGUCUGUGACUUCCCUUUCAGAGAAAGAAGAAAAGCAGAGGAGAGAAGAGGGAAUCUACGUCUAGAGAGGCUAAAGGACAGAGGACUGAAAUGGCCUGGAAAGUGUUCAGAAUUAACACCAGCAAGUCAUCAAGUCCCAGGUGUGGGGUGCAACUGGGAAGAAACAAAAGAAAAAUCAGCGUGCAGUCAGAGAGCCGCUUCAUUUUUCUAGAGUGACCCUUCACAAAGUUCCGAGGAAGCUCUUCCUUCACAACAGCCCUGAAAUCCCAGCUGUUCUGAACCCGAUGGUCGGCUCCAGCAUCUGUCUUACUGCCGAGUCUUCAUUCCAGGGAAAUGCGUGCGGCGGCGGUGGCAGCAGGCGUGAUACUGCUCCUGAGCCUGGGGGGGACCUCAAAGUCUCUUUGCUCACCCACCGUGUUUUACAGAGACUGCUGGAUCCGUCGCUUCCCAGGUCUUCUGAUUGACCUGGAGGAGUCUCAGAAGCUGGGGGCGCAGUUCCUGAGGUAUUAUUCUGAAAACACGGGUCAGAAGUGCAGCCGGAACUGCUGUCUCAGGAAGGAUGUGUCCUGUAACCUGGCUGUCUUCUUCCACGAUCCUAUUCAUGACAAUGUCAACUGCCUCCAUGUUCACUGCCCAACCCUGGAGAGCUGCAUAUUGGAGCCUGGAACCAGUGCCAUUUUAUAUAACAUAACAGAUGGUAUAGAUCCUGAUUUGCUGGUUUUUGAACAAUCACUGCCCACAUAUCUAAAUACCCGUUCUUCAUCUGAUACAUGGGAGAGACUAAGGAUUCUAAAAGCUAUGUAUUUAGACAAACAACAAACCACCAUGAUAAACCAAAUGCUACCAUCAAUAGAGGCUCCAUCACCAACCACACAUCAAGAUUUGUUGGCAACCACAAAUAAUACUAGGUAUUCCAAGGAACUGACCACAGACUCUUGGGCAAGAUUCAUUGCCCCGAAUGACUCCAUUACCACAAAGAUAAAUAUGGUGUCAGCCAGUACUGACUUCAUCAACAAUCCAGAUAACAAGACAGUUUCUCCUUUCUUUGUGCCCAUAGACACAAAACUUUCUCAUAUGCCUAGUCCCUCCCAACUCAACAGCAGUAAACAAUUACUAAACAAAACCAAAGGGUACAAUGGCAGAAACCAUACAUCUGAGAAUGAAGACUCAGCUCCUGAUGGGGCACCCGUGACUGGUGCAAAGACAUGGCUGGUUCCGGUGGCCCUCUGCACCCCUGUCAUCUUUCUUUGCUCUUGUGUAGUCAUCCUGGCAUCUGGAUGCUGUCGAAAGCAGUACGGCCAGUAUAAACCAGGGCAGAGAAAGUCAGGACCCAGGCAAAUUAAAAAAUGUGCCAAUCAGAAGGAGUCCUCUUACUGAUGGAAGAUGAAAGCAUUUUAAGUUUUCAAGAGUAUGAUUUUUAGUUUUCUUAAGAUGAGCAAUUUGGUUAAAAAAAAGGAAAAAAAAAAAAAGCACAGAUGCCCAUUCAUACCAAUCUCCAAAGAAGGCUGAUGUUUGAUAACUGCUUUUUGUGAUUAUAUCCAUUUCUUGAAUAGUGUGCCCUUUGCCAAGCUUCAAAAUUCUGACCCCUGCAGUUAUUGAGCACAACGUAAGCGACAGUUCUAAGAGCUGUGUGUGUAUCAACUUGUUGAAUAUUUAGAACUCUGUGAGUUUUCAGUAACCAUCAUACUGAUAUUUCACAGAUGGGGAAACAGGAGAAAAAAGGCUAAGUACAUUGCUGAAAGUCACACAGUUAGUAUGUAGCAAAGCCAGAUUUUAUAGGCAAUGUGGUUCAAAAGUCCACGCUUGAAAUCCCUGUUGGUCUACAAGUCUCCACUUUCCCAGUGAGUAUGGAAAAAAGAUUCAGGAGGAAAACACCAUAAUAUUUCUCUCCCGUUACGGUCAUAUUACUGUCAUAUAUGUUAAUGAAAUCUUUUAGUGGUUUGAGCAAAGAAGCUUCUUAAUCUUUCAUAUAAUUUUCUAUGUUCAAUUGAUUAAUCUUUCUCAAUCCUAAUUUAUCCUCUUCAUUUUCUAAAACAUGCCUCUCAUGGCAUGAGAAUUAUGGCUGAGAUUUCUGAGUUUUCUGUUGAAUAAAUGUUGGGAGUUUUUGUUUAUGUUCCUUGGUUGUAGACAUUGUUUUCCCAGGGCAAAUAUUAGUUCUAGGUAUUUCAAGCUCUGUCCACUCCUUACACCAGACUCA